GAUCACACAAGAAUAAUGAAUGGAAACGCGUCGGAGCCAAGAAAGAAAGUCCAGCAGCAACUUCUCGAGUAGCGAUUUUGAAAGUUGGACGCGAAAGGAAAAGCAGAAAGUCGGGACCGUGGCGGAAAGCAGUAGCAAAGAAGAGCGGAUUGGACCGGCCGGAAUAAAUGGCAUUUGGAUUUAGGAAAGCGAGACUACCGCACUGUCACUUUUUACAUGGAAGAAGUGGAUCCUUUGGAUUCUUACGUUGAUCACGUCACUGGAAUAUUUGGGAGAUCUGGAUUGGAUUAACUUGAAACAGUUUUGCGACGAGUAUAAUUACGAAGAUACGAAGAAAAAUGGGAAAUAUUGAAAGUGUGGACGGCCAGUCGGAGAUGAAGCAUCACAUUCUGCCCCUAAAGGUGCCCAUGCCGGACCCCACCGAGCUGGAGGAGAAGUUCGCCAUCGUUUUGAACUCUAUGAACCUGCCUCCAGACAAAGCCCGGCUCCUCAGGCAGUACGACAAUGAGAAGAAGUGGGACCUGAUUUGCGACCAGGAAAGGUUUCAAGUGAAGAAUCCACCUCACACUUACAUCCAGAAAAUCCGCGGCUACUUAGACCCCGGCGUCACCAGAAAGAAGUUCCGCAGGAGAGUACAAGAGUCUACCAAAGUCUUAAGGGAGCUGGAGAUCUCUUUGAGGACAAACCACAUUGGGUGGGUCCGGGAGUUCCUCAACGAUGAGAACAGAGGUCUUGACGUCUUGGUGGAGUACCUCUCCUUUGCCCAGUGCGCUGUCAUGUUGGAUUUUGAGGGGCUGGAGAAUGGCGAGGAUGGCGGCUUCUUGGACAAGGCCAAAUCUUGGAGCAGGUCCAUCGAGGAUUUGCACCAGAUGAGCCCUCAGCCCUUCUGCAACACGCUGGUGCGCUCGGCCCGCCAGUCUGUCCUCCGCUACGGCUCGCUCUCCGGCAGCAAAACCAUCAAGAACUCGAGACUCGUCAGCCAGAAGGAUGACGUGCACGUGUGCAUCUUGUGCUUGCGAGCCAUCAUGAACUACCAGUACGGCUUCAACAUGGUCAUGUCUCACGCGCAUGCGGUCAAUGAAAUUGCUCUCAGUUUGAACAACAAAAGCUCACGGACAAAGGCCUUGGUCCUGGAGCUGCUGGCUGCCGUGUGCCUGGUUCGAGGAGGUCACGAGAUCAUCCUGUCAGCGUUUGACAACUUCAAAGAGGUGUGUAAGGAGAAGCAUCGUUUUGAACGGCUGAUGGAUUUCUUCCGUAGCGAGGAGGGCAACAUCGACUUCAUGGUGGCUUGCAUGCAGUUCAUCAACAUCGUGGUCCACUCGGUGGAGGACAUGAACUUCAGAGUUCACCUGCAGUUUGAAUUCACCAAGCUAGGACUGGAUGACUACCUGGAGAAAUGUAAACACACCGAGAGCGACAAGCUAUCGGUGCAGAUCCAGGCCUACCUGGACAACGUGUUUGACGUGGGCGGCCUGCUGGAAGAUGCCGAGACCAAGAACGCGGCGCUGGAAAAGGUGGAGGAACUGGAGGAGCACCUGUCUCAUGUGACGGAGAAGCUUCUGGAGGUUGAGAAUGAAACCAUGAUGAAAGUGGCUGACUUGGAGAAGGUCCUCCUCCAGAAGGAUAAAGAUCUUCAAGCAAUUCGGGAGACGUACGAGUCGACCAACACGCAGGUCACCACCCUGAGGAGGGUGCUGAAGGAGAAGGACGCCGCCUUCCAGAGGCACUUCAACAUUGAGAGGCGGCUGCUGGAGCUGGAGCAGCAAGGCACCAUCCGCCUGCACAAGAAGCCCGAUGGAGACAUCGCCAUCGAGCCGCUCGGCGUCAGGGGCGAUGCGGCGGGCGCCGGCCUCGCCAUCCCCCUCGCCGACUUCGGGGCGCUACCUUUGGCCUCGGCGGCAGCCACGUCCGACCCGGGGCUACUCGAUUCCAGUUUGCCUCCGGCCAGUGAAGCUCCGCCCCCGCCGCCUCCACCGCCUCCUCCUCCUCCUCCACUUCCUUCGACCACAAGUACGCCACCACCUCCACCUCCUCUGGCUCCUCCUCUGCCUGACGCUUCUCCUUCUGUCAUCCUGAGCGUGGGUCUCUCCGCUAUUCGAAUCAAGAAGCCCAUCAAGACAAAGUUCCGCCUACCUGUGUUUAACUGGACCGCCCUGAAGCCCAAUCAGAUCAACGGAACCGUGUUCAAUGAGAUCGAUGACGAACGGGUGCUGGAGGAACUGGAUUUGGAGAGGUUCGAGGAUCUCUUUAAAACCCGUGCACAGGGUCCCAUUGUGGAUCUGUCAUGCACAAAAAGCAAAGUGGCUCAGAAGGCGGUGAACAAAGUCACGCUGCUGGACGCUAAUCGCUCCAAGAACUUGGCCAUCACGCUGAGGAAGGCAAACAAGAGCACAGAGGAGAUCUGCAAAGCCAUAGAGAAAUUCGACCUGAAGGCCUUACCGGUGGACUUUGUGGAGUGUCUGAUGCGCUUCCUGCCCACGGAAGCAGAGGUCAAAGUUCUUCGUCAGUACGAACGGGACCGCCGUCCGUUGGAGCAGCUGGCCGAAGAGGACCGUUUCAUGCUCUCGUUCAGCAAAAUCGAGAGGCUCACGCAGAGGAUGAACAUCAUCACCUUUGUGGGCAACUUUGCCGACAACGUGGGCCUGCUCACGCCGCAACUCAACGGCAUCAUCGCCGCUUCCGGCUCGGUCAAAUCCUCGCCAAAGUUAAAACGAAUGCUCGAGAUCAUCUUAGCCUUGGGCAACUAUAUGAAUAGCAGUAAGCGAGGCUGCGUUUACGGCUUCAAAUUGCAAAGUCUCGAUCUGUUGCUGGACACCAAGUCGACAGACAGGAAAAUGACGCUGCUCCACUACAUCGCUCUCAUCGUGAAGGAGAAAUACGUGGAGCUGGCCAACUUCUACAAUGAACUGCACUUUGUGGAUAAAGCCGCAGCAGUGUCGCUGGAAAACGUUCUGCUGGAUGUGCGGGAGCUGGGUAAAGGCAUGGAGCUGAUCCGGAGAGAAUGCAGUCUCCACGACCACUCGGUCCUGAAGGCCUUUGUCCAGGCCAGUGAGACCCAGCUGGAGAAGCUGCAGCGAGACGCCAAGACAGCCGAGGAAGCCUUCAACAAUGUGGUCAACUACUUUGGAGAGAGCGCCAAGACCACUCCACCGUCCGUCUUCUUCCCCGUCUUUGUGCGCUUCAUCAAGGCCUACAAGGAUGCCGUGGAGCACAACGAACAAAGGAAGAAGCAGGAGCAAGCCAUGAGGGAAAAGUUACUGGCCCAGGAGGCCAAGCAGCACAACCCCAAGAUUCAGGCUCACAAGAAGAGGCAGCAGCAGCAGGAGCUGAUCGCAGAGCUGCGCAAGCGCCAGGCUAAAGACCACCGGCCCGUGUACGAGGGGAAGGACGGCACCAUCGAGGACAUCAUCACAGUCCUGAAGAGCGUGCCCUUCACAGCCCGCACGGCUAAACGCGGCUCACGGUUCUUCUGUGAAGCCAACCUCUGCGACGACUCCAACUGCUAGCCCCUCCCCCUUUAACGCCAAGAUCUGCGAAACCAGCCUUACCUGCGAGCUGACGCCCUGAUCCGGAACGGUUGGAAGAGACCCUAAACCACUUAUUGAUCACUUAAACCGCCUGCCUUCCUUUGCUAUAACCUUCCUGGCCUUGUUGCCCGUCAGCCGGCCGGGGCUGUAAAAGAAAAGGGGGGAGGGGGGGGGGGGGGUCAGAAUAAAGGCCUUGUUGUAGCUGGCUAAUUUAUUUAUUUAUAAAAGGCCUUUUUCCAGCCACUUUAAAAAAGUGAAGCACAAAGGAGCGUCGAGUGAGCUCGCAAGCCGGUGAGAGGAGCUGAUGGACUUGCAUCUUUUUCGUCGACACGGGCGUCAAUGAUGCAGCCAUUGGGAUAUUUUCUUUUUUUUCAAAGACUUGCAGAAAAACAUGCUUGCUGUUGCAUGAUGGAUGCACACGGUGGUCUCUCAAGCCACAGGUCGGGGGUUCCAGCCCCCCCUGGUGGUGAGUCUGCCCUUGAGCAAGAGGAAGGAAGCAAGUAGCGACAGCCUGUUUGCCGCCAAAAGUUGUUGCUUCAAAUGUGCCUUUGUUGUUAUGUCUUCAUAUUUGUAUCAUAUUUGGAAGAAUGUAUUUCCAUUGCCUA